AUGCUCUCCGGGACCAUCGAGAAACCGUGGGUGAAGGAGAAGGACACCCAGGGUCGGCUCGCGUACUGGCUCACGUACCUCGUCGCCUUCCUCGGCAUCGUGGGCGGCGCGCUCCGUUGUUACUUUGCGUGGAAGGACGUGCCGCGCGUCGGCAACCUGUGUCUCAUCAUGGAGGACAACUUCGACACGUUCGACACGGAGAACACCUGGACGCGCCAGGUCGACAUGAGUGGUUAUGGCAAUGGCGAAUUUGAAAUGACGACGGACUCAUCGAACAACAGCUAUGUCCAGGACGGCUUCUUGUACAUUGUCCCGACCCUGACGUCAGACGUCAUCGGCGCUGCCAACGUCCUGAACGGUUACACGUACAACAUCUCUGGCUGCACCAACACCAACAUCUCCGCUUGCGGUGCCGUGUCCAACUCGACGUCCGGGUCGGUCAUCAACCCCGUGAUGUCUGCACGGUUGACGACGCAGAACAGCUACAAGAUCCAGUACGGCAAGGUCGAGAUCCGCGCGAAGCUGCCGCGCGGCGACUGGCUGUGGCCUGCGCUGUGGAUGCUGCCCGAGCAGGACACGUACGGCAUCUGGCCGGCAUCGGGCGAGAUCGACAUCAUGGAGUCGCGCGGGAACGGCCCGGACUACAAGGCGCAGGGCGUCGACUACGUGCGGGGCUCGCUCAACUGGGGCCCGUUCACGUGGCUGAACGGCGUGAGCAAGACGUUCGGCUGGUGGAACACGCGCCGGUCGUCGUACGACGAGGGCUUCCACACGUACUCGCUCGAGUGGACGGAGUCGUUCCUGCGGAUCUACGUCGACACGCGCCUGCACUUCAUGCUCCAGAUCUCCUUCAACGAGCCCUUCUUCACCCGCGGCGACUUCCCGCCGUUCGUCCAGAACGGCUCCCAGACGAUCCAGACGCCGAACCCGUGGGCGAACGCGAGCAACGCCGCGCCGUUCGACCAGCCGUUCUACCUGAUCAUGAACGUCGCCGCCGGUGGCACCAACGGGUGGUUCCCGGAUGGCGUCGGCAACAAGCCCUGGCUGGACGGUUCUGACACUGCGAUGCACGACUUUGCGACGCAUCAGUCGGAUUGGUACUCUACCUGGCCAACAGACCUCACGCAGCGCGCCCUCGUGGUCGACUACGUGAAGAUGUGGCAAAAGUGCUGA